AUGCGCGCAAUGCGCAAACUCCUUCGUGAAAAAUUAUCAAAAAAAGAUGAAGUUAAACGAUUAGCAUCAAUGAAAAAAGAUAAUCUAAUUCCAUCGACUGUACCAAUAAAAGAAUCACCGAUUAAUGAUGAUAUGCAAGUUGGUGGUAGUGGUGCUCCAGCAGAAUUCAAUAGUCGAACAUUGAGAAAUAAAGAUGGCCAAUUUCCAUCAUGGUUAAGUGGUCGUCAACGAAAACGUUUAACAGCUAAACAAGCCAUUGUCAAAAGAAACGAAAAACAGAAAAAAGUUAAAAAGAAUCCUGAUUUUAUUUAUUUAUUUUUCUUUAAAUCAAUAAUCAUAUUUCGACAAAUAUUUCGUCGAAUCAUUACUUCAGCUAAUGGUUCUGGCGAUAAUGCUGUUGCUGAUAAAAUCAAACAAUUAAUUACCGAUCAUCAAGUGAUUGUAUUUUCUAAAACUUUUUGUCCAUAUUGUGUCAAAGCAAAAAAUGUUCUUAAUAAAUAUAAAUUAAAAGAUUAUAAAGUUAUCGAACUUGAUGAAAUUGAUAAUGGAAAUGAAUAUCAAAAUAUUCUAGGAAAAAUUACUGAUGCUAAAUCAGUACCACGUGUAUUUAUUGCUGGAGAAUGUAUUGGUGGCGGUGAUGAUACAGAAAGAUUAGAUAGAAAUGGUGAUUUAGAAAAACGAUUAAAAAAAAUUAAUGCUAUUGACAAUUAA